AUGGAGCUAGACGAGUCAGAAAGCGAAAAUGUUUCAUUUGGAGAUGAUUCCACAAUAUCAAUGAAAGAGAGAGGCAACUGGUUGGGAGGAUACCAUCGUAAAAUUGGCCAUUGCUCGGUCUUACAUGCCGAGCUUUGGGCAAUCCUUGAUGGUCUUACUCUACCUUGGAAAACGGGGGGAGCGACAGGUGGGAGUGGAACCGAUAGUAGUGAGGUGGUGCGUAUUCUUAAUUCCACCGGACAGAAUAAUGAGCCAACACUUAUCCGGCGAAUCCGAUUAUUACUUAAACGACAGUGGCAUAUCAGAUUCACUCAUGUUCAUAGGGAUGUCAAUGAAGCUGCUGACGCUAUGGCACAUUUGGGUUUCUCAGGCAGAGGCCUCACCAUUUUGCAGUCUCCUCCUGCUGCUAGCUCUUCUCCUUCCACCGAAUUCAACAGCUUUGAAGGCAGCAUGAAAACAGAGAAGGUAGAAAUAUGUCUUAAAUAUCCUCCCAAAAUCAACGCACCUGGCUUGAUGACAUUGCUCUACAAAGGGAAACUUAGAAGCAUCAUGGACUAUUCUGCUCCAACGCUCGAACUCCAGAUGAUACUCACUUACCUUCUCACUCAAGCCAUUCAUUUUGUGCUCAAGCGCCUCCGAAUGCCUACAUUCAUAUCCCAGAUUCUUGCAGGGAUAAUACUGGGUCCUACGGUUUUUGACGAUGAUGAAACGCUCAUUACGACUUCUGCGGAUAGUGUUUUAAUUCUGGGUACCGUGGCGGGUUUCGGCUAUUAUUUAUAUUUAUUUCUAACUGGGGUGAAGAUGGAUUUUAGCAUGACAUACAGAUCCGGGAAGAAGGCACUGUGUAUUGGUAUCCUAACAGUGAUGGUGCCUUUCAUAGUUUCCUUGGUAAUGGCUGGGUCCUAUCGAGAUGAAAUAGUACUUGAGAACACAAACGAGAUUUCCGUUCUUGCAGUGGCAUAUUCGGGGACUUCGUUUCCGGUGAUACAUAGCCUACUCAGUGAGCUGAAGCUCCUGAAUUCGGAACUCGGAAGGCUUAGCCUAUCAUCGGCCCUCGUAGGUAAUAUGUUGUCGCUAUUUCUAUUGAAUGUUUGCCAAGGUUUGAAUACAGCACGAAAAAAAGGUGUGGACUGGGCCAUUUUACAUUACGGAAGGGUUGUAACCUUUGUUGUUGUGCUGGUGUUUUGUUUUCGACCUGUAAUGAAAUGGCUGGCGAGGAAAACGGUUGGUGGUGGGAUGAUAAAUGGUGUUUGCCUUUAUGCUGCAAUUUUGGCGUUCAUGGUUUCACAUAAGUUUACCACUUCUCUUAGGAUAUUCCCCAACUUUGGCCCAUUCCUAAUUGGGUUGGCUAUCCCAGAUGGACCCCCUUUGGGAUCCGCUCUGGUGGAGAAACUGGAGCCCGUUGUUUCAGGUUUUCUUGUGCCUUUGUUUGCUUCAACAUGCGGCAUGAGGAUUGAUUUUUCUUACCUCCAUACCCACACCCACGGCUCCUUUGUCAAACGCCAAUCUCGUUCCGCUGUUGUGGCUCUAUUAUCCAAAUUUGGAGUCUCCUUCCUUCUUUCCUUGUUGAAUAAAAUGCCCACAAGGGAUGCUUUGGCGUUUGCUUUUAUAACGAUAAGCAAAGGUCUCGUUGACAUGGCUAUCUUAACCAACAUGCACGAUAGCAAUCUUAUAACAAAGCCUAUCUUCGUUUCCAUGAGCCUUAUCGUCAUCGUGGUCGCAAGCAUUGUGCCAAUCAUAGUGAAAGCCCUCUACGAUCCAUGGAGAAAGUAUGCAACUUACCAUAAAAGGAGCAUCAUGCAUUGUAAGCACAACGAGGAGCUUCGCAUGGUUAGUUGUAUUCAUGUCCCGGCUAAUGUCAAUUCCAUCAUUGACAUCCUCAGCACCUCGACCACAGAAAGUCCCAUUGCUCUUCAUGUGCUUCACCUUAUAAAGCUCAGUGGGCGAGCCACUCCACUCUUCAUCUCUCAUGACAUGAAUCAGCACACCCUUUCCAACAACUCGUACUCGGAGAACGUCGUCCUCUCGUUUCAAAGGUUCGAGCGUGACAACUGGAGAGCAGUAACGGUGAAAGCGUUCACGGCGGUGUCCCCGGCGAAUAUGAUGCACGAGGAUAUAUGUAACCUCGCCCUGGAACACCACAAAUCCUUUAUAGUACUUCCAUUUCACCGCCGAUGGCACUUCGAUGGCAGCAUCGAAUCCGAAGACCAAACCAUAAGGAGCCUGAACUACGGUAUGCUCGAAAAAGCACCGUGCUCGGUAGGGAUCCUGGUCGAAGGUCGACGCCAUUUAAACCGCUCCAACUCACAGUCGCACUCGUUUGACAGCGCUCCAUUAUAUAACGUUGCUGUGAUAUUCUUGGGGGGUAAAGAUGAUCAGGAGGCUCUUGCUUUAGGUAUACGCAUGUCCGAAAACGAAAACGUUCAACUAACAGUAAUUCAUCUCACAGCUGGAAAUAGGAUUCAUCUGGCUGAUGAUAUCGAGACGAUGCAGGAUAAGAUAAUGCUGAGAAAUGUUAAGGAAUGUUGUUCAUACAUAAUAAACAUUGAGAAGCAGGUAAAUGAUGGACCUGAAACUUUAGAUUUUCUUCGAUCCAUUGUGGAUAACUACCAGCUUUUUAUUGUUGGGAGACGAUACAACUGUGAAGAUCCCCAGACCACCGGCCUCCAUGAAUGGACAGAAUUUGAAGAGAUUGGAAUUAUCGGCGACCUACUUUCAUCUGCUGAUUUUGGUGGCAACAAUUCUGUGCUGGUUCUACAAAAACAACCAUGGGUUGAUGAUGAUUAA